AUGAAAGCGGCUUGUAUUCUCUUGACCAUUAUAAUCGUGGUGGCCAUAAUGGCUGUGUGCGUGAUGGUAAAAUUCGCAACCGAUAUCACAGUGGAGGAAAGAAAGAGGGAUUACUUGCCGGCGAUCGGAAUGUACCAAGUCGCGAAGUCAAUCGUGUUCCCUUUGACCGAAGAGAAGAACUACCCAAUCGCAGAGAGAUUUCCAUAUGUAGCCGCUAUUGCUCGUAACUCGUCGCGAUCGUGGAGAUUUUCUUGUUUCGCGAGCGUCAUAUUAGUUAAAUGGGUCGUCACUUCCGGCCACUGCAGACGUAAAGGUGCUACUCAUCACGUGUUGUUAUUGAACGAUUUCGCGCGAAAUGUAACUCGAUCGUUUCCGAUAUUAUUUUGGAGGAUUCACGAAAAAUUCCACAUAAACAACACAGCGCCGUUCUAUGACAUAGCGGUCGCAAAAUUCAACGUAGAUGAUUAUCCAUAUACGAUAAAGCCUUCGCUAUUUGACGAUGGUUCAGUGACGUCAUGCGAAGCGAGUAUCUGGAAAACUGUUUCGUCAAUGGACAGACAGGUGUACCUCAUAAAUGAUUUCGAUAAAUUACAAGUUAAAAUAACAUCUCCAAGCCAUUGCCAUGAAAGUUUUGGAGUCGAUAUCAAUGAGAGCAUGAUCUGCAUAGAUCUUACCAAGUACGAUGACUGUUUUAUACACGAAUUUGGUCCAAUAUACAAUGGCGAUAAGUUGGUUGGAGUAUUGGCCCGGAAGCCGAGGGACUGUGAUGUGAAGUUCGCGAUAUUCACGAAUGUGUCUUACUACUCGUCUUGGAUCUUAAAAUUGACUCAUACGACUUCGUAUGAAUAG